CGAUCCAGCAGAGACUGUGUGAGAAGGAGCCGGAGCACGGAGGAGACGGAGGGGCUUCGUCCGGACACCACAGCCGGAGACGGAGCCUCACUUGCGGCAUUCAGCGUCUCGGUGGUUGCAGCAAAUCACCUGGAUCCACACGGAGGAGAACCCGUCCUCUGAUGGGCUGAUCCCCGGGUUCCUGCAGGACAAUAGCGAAGGGAAGACAUGUCUCAUUCUUUGCAUACUUGAGGAGUGACGACAACUUUCCUCCACUUCCCUGCGCGGACUGCGGAGGGACACAGACAAGCUGCAGCGUUUUUUGGACACAUAACGGGAUGUGCAGCCGGACGAUGCGCGCACACGGGUUGUGCCAUUUGGAGCAUUGCGCGUUCCCGUGCGUCCGCGCCGGGGACUCGGGGCGACGGAGUCCGCGGAGAGGCCUCGUCCGCUGAGGUCCUCGUCCGUGGAUGGAGCCUGUGGACUGGGGCUGACGAGCUUGUUUUGUGCAAGAGGAAAUGUGUGUUUUGAGGGAGGGAUCAAUACGCACGACGAGGACGCAGGAGAGCGCGCACGGAACCAGGAGCUUUGUGUUUUGGAACCUUGGAUUUAAAUUGCUGAGAAUCUCCAUCCCACCUCCCGUCCACGCAUCUGUUUGCUCUGGCACUAAAGUUUUUUUUUCCAUGCGUGAGACUUUGAUAUUGCAAUUUUGAAUCAUCUAUUUUAUGGACUAUAACAAACCUUUUCCAUGUGGACUUAUCCAGGAAGUUAUGGGACAUUAUAAAGACGUUUUUAAGGACGAAAACAAUCAGCUGCUUUAUUUUUCACACCCACUAAAAUGUAUACAAGGAUGCCGGGCAACAUGGCUGUAAACUGGGUUGUGUACUCUGUGUUUUUACUACCGCUGUUCGCAGUGGGCACAGCUUUCUCGGGGGUCUUCAACUCCACCGACAGAGACAUCUUCACCGAUGACUUGCUGCAGGUCAAGCUCGCACAAGGCAGAGCGAGCGAGCAGUGGAAACUCCAGCCGGCCGACUCCCACCCGAACUUGUACUUUAACCAGGUGGACGUGUUGCACUUGAGGCAGCGGUCCUCCACCACCCACAGUCACAUAUUCAAAGUCAUCCGGGCGGCCGUGCUCACCAUGCUGUCCAACGUCCCCUUUUACAUCCCCCCUGUGAAACACCAGGAGUUUACAAGCAAGUGGAAUGAGAUUUACGGGAACAACCUGCCUCCCCUGGCUCUCUACUGCCUGCUGUGCCCCGAGGACUCCGCCGCCCUGCAGUUUCUUAUCAAGUUUAUGGACCGGAUGGCCGAGUACCCCGACUGGAAGGUGACCAGUGCCCCCAACGACGAGGUCCCCACGGCCCACUCCCUCACUGGGUUCGCCACUGCAUAUGACUUUGUUUACUCCCAGCUGGACGAGCGCAGGAGAGACGUUUACCUCAAGAAAAUCCGCUCUGAGACCGAGGAGCUGUACGAGCUCUCGAAGUACAGAGGGUGGGGGAAGCAGUAUCUCCAGAAUCAUCAAACUACAAACGUAUUAGCCAUCAUGACUGGUGCAAUAGUGGUGGGAUCCCACGACGACCCAGAGUCGAUGAUAUGGAAACAAGUGGCAGUGAACUACAUGGAGAAAACGAUGUUUCUCCUAAAUCAUGUCGUGGAUGGCUCUCUGGAUGAGGGAGUAGCGUACGGGAGCUACACGGCCAAGUCCAUCACACAGUACGUCUUUCUAGCCCAGCGCCACUUCCACAUUGACAACACGCAGAACAACUGGCUGCUGGGACACUUCUGGUUUUACUACGCCACGCUGCUGCCGGGCUUCCAGAGGACUGUUGGCAUCGCAGACUCUAACUACAACUGGUUUUACGGGCCAGAGAGCCAGCUGGUUUUCCUGGACACAUUCGUCAUGAGGAACGGAACGGGGAACUGGCUGGCUCAGCAGAUCAGAAAGCACCGGCCCAAGGACGGUCCCAUGGGGCAGUCGUCGGCGCAGCGCUGGGCCACGCUGCACACGGAGUACAUCUGGUUCAACUCCCACCUCACGCUGCAGCCUCCCCAGGAUUUUGGCAAGGCGAGGAUGCAUAUUUUCUCGAACUGGGGUGUGGUUACCUACGGAGCCGGGCUUCCCAUCGGCCAGGGUAACACUUUUGUCUCCUUUAAGUCUGGCCGGCUGGGUGGCCGUGCAGUUUACGACAUUGUGCACGACAAGCCGUACUCGUGGGUGGACGGCUGGAACAGCUUCAACCCCGGGCACGAGCACCCGGACCAGAACUCGUUCACAUUUGCACCUAACGGACAAGUGUUUGUGUCCGAAGCACUUUACGGUCCAAAGUACAGCUACCUUAACAAUGUGUUGGUCUUCAGCCCGUCUCCCACCAGCCAGUGUAACGGUCCGUGGGAGGGUCAGCUGGGGGAGUGUGCUAAGUGGCUGCGCUGGACUGAUGAAGGUGUGGGUGAUGCCCGAGGGGAGGUGAUUGUCGCCUCCUCGCACGGGGACACCAUGUUUGUGAGUGGGGAGGCUGUGUCUGCCUACUCCUCUGCCAUGAGAUUAAAGAGCGUGUUCCGAGCGCUGGUUCUGCUCGACUCCCAGACGCUGCUGGUGCUCGACCACGUGGAGAAGUGGAGCGACUCGCCCCUGACCACCUUCAGCGCCUUUUUCCACAAUCUGGACAUUGACUUCAAAUACGUCCCGUUCAGAUUUAUGGACAAAUUCAACGGGGUGCUGAUGGACGUGUGGGACGCGCAUUAUAAAAUGUUCUGGUUCGACGCCCAGGGUCACAGCCCUGACACCAGGAUACAAGAGGCGGAGCAGGCGGCCGAGUUUAAAAAGAGGUGGACCCAGUACGUCAACGUCACUUUCUCAAUGUCGGGCCCGGUCAGCAGAGUGGCUUAUGUUUUACACGGGCCAUAUGUCAAAGUGUCCAACUGUAAAUUUGUGGACAAUGGAAAAAAUGGAGUCCGAGUUUCUUUAACCAUAAAUAACACAGAGAAGGUGGUUUCCAUAGCUACAAACUAUAAAGACAUAGGGGCAAGGUUGAGUUAUUUAGGAUUCGGAGGCCACGGCAAAAUUGAGGACGGGGAUCAGAUCACUCGAUUCGGCCUCGGGACUCAACUCAUCCCUAAAUUAAUCAGCAGUGAUAAUCAGCUGUUUGACUUUGGGUUCGCAGUCAACGUAGCAGCAGGGGUGGUUCUCUGCGUGGCCAUCGGGUUUCUGACCAUGCAGAGACGGUUCUACGUGUGCUUCAGCCGGCUGAUGCGUUACGCCCUGCUCACUGUGCUCAUCCUGUGGAUCGCCGAGCUGCUGUUUGUGUCCAACAGCUGCGACCAGCUGCUCUGCGGGGUGAAAUGGAAAAGUGCGGGUGCCAAAAGUGAAGUAAACAAACAAAUCAGACUUUCCGAGCAGCAGCGGUUCCCCCUCCCCACUGUCGUCAUAACAACCCUUCCCGGGUCGGGGUCGGAGAUUCUGAAGCAUCUUUUCUACAACAACUCUGACUUUGUUUACAUCAGAGUCCCCACUGAGCACGUUGACAUUCCUGAGACUGAGUUUGAGUUUGACUCGCUGGUCGAUGCCUGCGAGUGGUCGAGGUCAGACGCAGCGCACGGACGGUUUAAGAUUAUUCAGGGCUGGCUGCAUUCGCUGGUCCACAACACCAAGCUGCACUUGCAGAACAUUCAGCUGGUGGAGGGCAGCAGGGUCAAACAGGCCCAGAGAGCCGCCCCCCCCAGGGACAGAAAGAAGAGGUCCAGGCGGAGGGAGCCGGCGUCCGAGCUGAAGGGCAGACUGAGGGCCAGCCUGGACCGGGACGCAGAGUACAUCCGGGAGAUGAGACGACAUGUCGCCGAGUUCCCGGACGCACGGGUGGUCCUCAGCAUGCGGAGCGGGAGCUGGGCCCUCAAACUGCCUUUCAUCCAGGAGGUGGUGGGACACUCUUUGAGGUCCAUCUACUUGGUUCGAGACCCUCGAGCCUGGAUUUAUCUGAUGCUUUACAACAGCAAACCCAGUCUCUAUUCCCUGAAGAACAUCCCGCAGCACCUGUCCCUGAUAUUCAAGGAUGAUGCCGUGAGGGACGGGUGCCUGAGCGUGGCGCCGGAGUUUAAAACAAUCCAGAGUCUGCUGUCCCGCUCGGAGAGCAACCCGGCCCUCGUGCUGGCUCACCUGUGGCUGGCUCACACCGCGGCGGUGCUGAGGGUCAACCAGGGUCUCCCCGAGGAGUCCUACCUCCAAGUGAGGUUUGAGGACGUGGUCAACUUCCCGCAGGAGACGGCGGAGAGCAUCCACACAUUCCUGGGGGUGCCGCUGUCGCCCGCAGCCCUCAACCAGCUCCUCUUCACCACCUCCACCAACUUGUACAACCUCAUGUACGAAGGAGACAUCUCGCCAGCCAAUAUUAACAUGUGGAGACAGAACAUGCCUCGAAAGGACAUCCGGCUAAUAGAGGAUGUGUGUGGGGGGGUGAUGAAGAGGCUGGGCUACACCCGGCUGGCGAGUUAACUUUGCUGCUGCUGGUCGGCUGAUUCCGAGCUGUCUUGUUUACCGGAGCUGCCGAGGAAGUUCUGUUGAGUUGUUGUUUUUUGCACUGACGCUUUGUUUAAAAGGGAUUUCUCUGUCUGUUAAAGUUUUUAUUUUUCUGUUCUGUGUUUGUUUGGGGGAAUGUAAGGUGUUGCACCGACUGCAGACACAGACGCUGGUGAGGGAGGAAUAUUUUACAUUAAAAUAGGUGAAAGGAAGCUUCUGUUAUCACUCUUAUAUUUGUUUCCAGCAGCUCUUCACACUUUAGACCUUUGCUUUGCAGAGGGAAGCCACUGAAACUCAGCAUAAAGUUUAAUGUUAUUGCGGCGUCCUAGAACAGCUCAGAUUCUCCGUGUGUGUGUGUGAAA